AUGGAGAAGAGGCUUGGAGGGCUGAGGCACAUGCUGACGACGGUUUUCCUUUCAGCAUUCGCCAGUUUCUUGGUAACGCCGGUGAUAACUGACGUUACCGUCGCCGCGGUUUGCUCUGAUCCAAACGAUUCAUGUUCUUUCGCCGUCUACCUCACCGGAGUACAACAAGUGGUUCUAUUUGAUAUGGUCUGCCAUGGUGCCGUUGACUGCCUCGCUCAAGCAUAUGUGGCAAAAAAUAUUCCUGGCCGAAAAAGAAUAACAAUGUUUGGAGUCUUAGGAGGUGUCAAAUCCCUUUCCGCUAUUUGUGCAACAUUCUCAGCUCGCUUUCUACCCGUAGCUUCGAUUUUCCAGGUUUCAGCUAUAUCAUUGUUCGUUGGCCUGGUGUACAUGAGAGUUUUCCUACAAGAAAGGCUACACGAUGACGAUGACGAGUACUACGAUGAUGAUAAUGAUGGUGGUGGUGAUCUAAGGAUGUUAGCAGAACCCAUUCUUCAAGACGCACCAACUACGACACAUGUGUUCAACAAUAAGUAUUCGUCUUUGAAAGAUAUGGUUUACUUGAUGAAGAAUAGCACCAUACUCGUUCAAGCAUUGGUCAUUACAUUCAUUGCUAGCUUCUCAAACAGUGGAUUUCAGUCUGCUUUCAUGUAUUUUCUGAAAGCCCGUUUUGGGUUCGACAAAAAUGACUUUGCUCAGAUCCUACUGUUGAUUAGCAUCAUCGCUUUAAUCUCCCAGCUGUUUAUAUUGCCAGUAAUGGUUUCUGCCAUUGGAGAACGCAGCAACUCUCAGUGUUUCAUGGUCAGCAUGGGUGAGUACGAUGAAGAGUUUGCUAUAUAUGUUCCAUAUGCCACGACCGUGCUUAUACCCGGAUUCAUGCUCGUGAUGCCAUCUGUUUAUGGUAUUGCCUCAAGACAAGUUGGGUCCGAUGAACAGGGGAAGGUCCAAGGAUGCAUUUAUGCGGUAAAGUCGUUUGGAGAAGUUGCGGCUCCAUUUGUAUUUAGUCCAUUAACAGCGUUGUUUCUCUCCGAAAAGGCACCGUUCUAUUACCCUGGAUUCAGCCUUCUAUGCGUCGCCUUAUCCAUGAUGAUCGGAUUCCUUUUAAGUCUUAUGAUAAAAGAUGUUCCUUCUCCGUCAUUGAACAGUGCAAUCAGCAACACUUCAAUGAGGAAGGUUGACAAGAGAUAG